GAGCAGAGAAGGGGCGAAUUCACCAGAGGUGGCAGCAACAGGCCAGCUCGACUCUCAAAGUCUCUUUCUCCGAACCUCGCUGGGGUGGUUUCACACGACUUACUUUCCAAGAUGCACAGGCAAGCACAGGGGUGAAAGGUCACAAAGAUGGCGCUGGCCGUCCGUCUUUUACCCCGCUUGCUACUUUCUCGGCCUCUACCGGGCUGCGCUGCCCGGCUCCGGACUCUCGGUUCAGCCGAGAUGAAGCGCCCAUUGUCUGGACUUUGCUGCUUCUGCCGCCGCCGCUUCGGCUCAGGAGCAGCCCCAUUUCCUCGAGUCUCUUGGGCCUCCGCGGCCUUGGCCCUGUCUGCUCGGGAUCCUCAGCGUCCCUUGCUCAGCCCCCUGGAAGUCGCCGCAACCCUCCCCACUUUCCCUUCUUGCCCCCGGCGAACCUACAGCACCGAGGAGCAACCCCAGCAGCGUCAGAAAACCAAAAUGAUCAUUCUGGGGUUCUCCAACCCCAUCAACUGGGUUCGGACUCGAAUUUACUCCUUCCUUAUCUGGGCCUAUUUCGACCAAGAGUUCAGCAUCACAGAGUUCUCAGAAGGAGCGAAGCAGGCUUUUGCUCAUGUGUCCAGAUUGCUGUCACAGUGUAAGUUUGAUCUAUUGGAAGAACUUGUGGCGAAAGAGACUCUACGUGUAUUGAAAGAAAAGGUUACUUCACUACCUGACAACCAUAAACAUGCGCUUGCUGCUGACAUAGAUGAAAUUGUGUACACAUCAACAGGAGACAUCUCCAUUUACUAUGAUGAGAAAGGAAGGAAGUUUGUUAACAUCCUGAUGUGCUUUUGGUAUCUAACCAGUGCCAACAUCCCCAGUGAAGCCAUAAGUGGAGCCCGUGUGUUCCAGGUUAAGUUGGGGGAUCAGACCGUGGAAACUAAACAACUUCUUAGUGCAAGCUAUGAAUUUCAGAGAGAGUUUACACAAGGAGUAAAGCCUGACUGGACCAUUGCACGGAUUGAACACCCGAAGUUAUUAGAGUAAUUGUUCUUGGAAAAAUCAGCUUAUUGAACUUUUGGCAAUUACUGUGAAAGACUAAGGAAGAAAAAAUUUUCAGAUCAAUUGAUCUUCACUUAAUCAAGUUUGUGGAUUACUUUUGUAUUAUUAUAAAAUGUUCCUUGUAGUAAAUAAGCAUGAUACAAUAAAGCAUUUUCCAUAGAUUGUCAUCACUUUCUGUAAAAGUCAAAGUAAAAAAAAUUACAACAGCCCAUCACUGGUGUCAUAUUCCGUGUCAUUUCUCAUGUUACAUGUAUAUGUAUAUAUACACAAACUAAUUUUACAGGCAGUAAAGAAAAUAUUGAAAAAACUACACAUUUCUAAAUUCAUAGUCCUGACAUAUUUUAUUUGUGGUUAAUACACUUACACCAAUAAUUCAAGUAUGUGGAAGGUUUAUUUUUAAAAAAUCACUGCUGCUAUUUGAUUACCUCUUUGUUCACUAGCUGGGUGAGAAAGAACAGAUGGAAUUACAGCAGAUGGGUCACUGCAGAACUAAAAAUCAGUGAACCUUACUAAAGCACAAAGAGAAAAGAGAAAUAGAACAGUGCCCUAGUCCCCUAUGAAAUAACAUCAAGUCUGUCUAACAUACUUGUAUUUGGACUCCUAGAAGAUGGGAUAAGGCAGACAAAAACAAUGUAAACAACAAUGUCUGAAAGUUUUCCUAAUUAUGAAAAUUAUAAACCCAGAGAUCCAAGAAAUUCAACCAUCAGGGACACACAUAAAGAAAACUAAAGUACAUCAUAAUCAAAGUGUUGAAAACUAGAGAAAAUUAGAAAAGCAGCUGGAGAAGGAAAAAACAACCACAUUCCAUACAGAGAGUGACUGUAUUUCUUUCCUUAAACUCUGCUAGUUAGAGGCCUUGGCAUGGUAUCUUUGUUUUUUUUGUUUUUUUUUAUUGUCACUUUGCUUAUUUGACUUCUUUGGCAUGGUAUCUUUGAAAGAAAGAAAUAUACCUGUUGACCUAGAAUUCCAUAUUCAGGAAAUAUAUCCUUCAGAAAAGGUGAGAAAAGACUUUCAGACAAGGAAAAGAGGAUAGAAUUUGUUGCCAGAAGACCUGUUUUAAAAGAAAUGUUAGGGGCUAGUGGACAGAAUAGAGUUUGAAAAUGGACCCAUGCAUAUUGCACAAUUGAUUUUAGCAAAGGCGCCAUGGUUGUUUAAUGAGAAAAGAGUCUUAACAUAGAAUAAAAAUAUAUUCAAAUAGUAAGUAACCUCAUCUUUUGCCUUACACGAUACAUAAUUUUAGUACAAAAUUUGGAUUGUGAAAUGGAUCAUAGAUUUAACAAAAGCUAAUACUCUAGAAAUUCUGGAAAGAAACAUAAAUUACUGUCUUGGGAUAGAGAAAUAUUUUUUAGACAGUGAAUUGUGAAAGAAAAUUAUUAAUUGAAAUUAAUUAAAAUUAAUACUGCUCUUUGAAAGACAGCAGCAAGGAAAUGAAAAGUCAAGUCACAGGUUGGGGAAAACUAUUUUUAAUACAUAUUAUUUGACAGAGGGCCUGUAUUUGGAAUAUGUAAAUAAUGCUUAUAGCUCAAUAAUGGAAAAUUAGCUUUAUACAGCUAUCAUGACUCAUCAAACUGUGGACUUAAAAUGGGUACAUUUUAUAUGUAAAUUAUUUUAAUGCAAAUUAUACUUAAAGCUUGCUAAAAUAUUUAGCAAGAGUAAUUUGCAGAAAAAUAAACUCAAAUGAUUAAAUUUUUAUAAAGUAUAAAGCAGCUUAUCUAUGUUUAAUGUUAGGUGAAAUAGAAAAUAAGAUCAAUAAGGCACAUAAUUGGCAGCCUGGAUGGGAGAGGAGUUUGUGGGAGAAUGGAUACAUGUGUUUGUAUGACUGAGUCCCUUUGCUAUUCACCUGAAACAAUCAUAAAAUUAUUAAUCAGCUAUAUCCCAAUGCAAAAUAAAAUAAUUUUUAAAGGCACAUAUUACUGAAAAAGAAAAAUGCAACCAGUUACAGUAUCACUUGCCAGUUGCACUAUCUGUUGUAAGAUACAUCUCCAAUGGUUUUAAAAAUGUUUGACUUAGAAUCAAUGAAGUACAGUGUUACUUAUUAUUUAUGAAAAUAUAAAUUGUAAAACUUUUCUAAAAUGCAAGAGAUUAAUAAGGCACUAAAUGCAUGAUAGUGGCAACUGUCUGGGGAGGAAGGGAGUAAAAUGUGACUGUAAUGUUUCAUGUCUUCAAAAAAAUCUUGAUACUUAAA